AUGGCUAGCAAGGACGAAAUCCCAGAUGUCGAGAAAGGGGAGGUGGAAGCCACCCCCGCAGGCGUCAACCUCCCAGAAGAACCUCCCGAGGCUCGAAUUCUCAAACCGAUUCCAGAUUCUACUGCAAUGGAAAAACUCAUGGGGUUGGUAGCGGCGAUUGCCGUGGGUACUUCUUUGGCUGCUAUUAUCAUCGAACGCAGCUUCCUUGUCAUCCUGGCAGGGAUAUUGUCCAGCUUUGUCGGACCUUACGCGUAUGCUCAACAAACUCAACUGACAGAAAUCAAGGCGCUGAAAGAAACCCAAAUGGCGGUACAGAAUGAAGUCAAUAGACUCAAAAAUGAAAACAAUCGUUUGGACGUCAACAUUGGCCAAAUGGAACAAUCGCUGGAGCGACUGGAAGAUGUUAAGACGGCCUUGGAUACCAUCACUGCGACGCAAGGCAUGACUGUCAAAGAAUUCGAGCAGCAGGUCGCGAAAAGUCGAAACAACUUGAACCAUAUGCAGUUGAAUGUCAAAAAUGUCGUCAUCAACAAUCUCAUGAACAUCAUGGAACGAAUCGAUACGGAUGGAGACGACACGGCCCAAGCUCACGAGGUAGAAGAGACAUUGGAUGCUAUUAAGAAACUACACGGUGUCAAGGUCAAUGAUGGCAACUUCCGAAAGGCAUUCAGCGGCAAGACAGUCAAAUCAAUCAUGAACGUUGUUAGCAAUAUCAAGAAGAUCGGUGACAUCCCCCCUGAAGACAGGAUAUUCGAGUUCCCAGAUAUGGUUGAUGCCUAA